AUGUUCUUGGUACAAAAGGCGGCGUUCGACGGCGGCUUGAACCCGGCGGUCUUCGUCUUCUACCGGCAAGCCUUCGCCACCCUCUGCCUUGCUCCUCUCGCCUUCUUCCUUGAAUGGAAGCAUGCUCCGUCGUUGUCGCUGCUUACCUUCUGCAAGAUUUUCGUGCUUGCCCUCGUCGGGAUAACGUUGGCAUUGAACCUUAAUGGCUUUGGGUUGCUUUACACCUCUUCCACCUUGGCAGCGGCUUCGCUCAACUCCCUCCCCGUCACUACUUUCUUCUUGGCCCUCCUGCUUCGAGUGGAAACAUUAAGGUUUGGGACCACAACAGGCAAAGCAAAAUUACUAGGGAUAGUAAUAUGCAUGGGUGGGGUGGCAGCUCUUGCCUUCUACGAAGGCCCCCAUUUCAAGGUGUUCUGCCUCUUCAGAAACUCCUUCUGGCAUAGCGGUUACCAUAAAUCUCAUACAUCAUGGAUCAAAGGAAAUUUCUUGACGCUCUCAUCUAGCUUCGCUUGGGGCUAUUGGCUUGUCUUUCAGACAAGUCUUCAGAAGAGUUAUCCACCAAAGCUUUUGUUCACAACUCUCCAAUGUGCUUUGGCCACAGUCCAGUCAUUUGUAGCCGCAAUUACGAUUGAAGGAGAUCUUAAUGAGUGGAAACUUGGAUGGGAUGUGAAACUUCUCUCCGUUGUUUAUUGUGGAGUUAUGGUGAGUGGGGUAACAUAUUACUUCCAAGCAUGGGUUCUAGAGAAGAAAGGUCCAGUGUUUUUGGCCAUGUCUACCCCGUUGGCUUUCAUCUUCACAGCGAUAUGUUCUGCCUUAUUGUGCGACUUCAUCAACCUUGGAAGUGUUUUGGGUGGAGUGCUAUUGAUUGGAGGGCUCUAUAGUGUUUUAUGGGCAAAAUUCAAAGAGGAGAAUGAGAUCAAGGAUCAUGAAAAGAAGAUUAUCCCACAAGUGGAAGUACAAGAGUGCACAUCAGAGCUUAAACAAGUUGUUACAAUCAACACUAAUAAUCUAGCCAAUAUGCUAAUUAACAAGCAUUAG